AACAAGGAUGUAUGGUGUAUGGUUUAUAUAGUAAAUUUACACAAAAAUACAAAUACAUUCAUUUGGAUUAUUUAGAGAAAUCUAAGGAAAAAAAAACAUUUAGACUCAAGAGUUACACAAAAGAACGACGAUGAAUAUUUUAAAAUGUGAUGAAAUAAUUUGUUCUAUUGGGUAUUAUUUCAUAAUCAAUUAUAAAAGAAAACUCAAUUGAAUGUUCAGGAAGAAGUUAUGGAUAAAAAAAUGUUUGAUAGUAUGAAUGAUACAUUUCAAUUAGCAAGUGUAAAUAUCAAGUCAGAAGCCUUAUUGGACCAACCAAGUACCUCGAAAACUUCUUCACUUGACGUUACUGUAUAUCCAAAGAAAGAAGUAAAGCAAGAUUAUGAGGUACCGUUUCAAAGUUACAUUGUACCUCGCAUGGCACUGGAGAAACCAAUAAUAAAACAGGAACCGAAUCCAUGCGAAAGUGAUUUUGCCACAUAUUUCGAAAGCGAUCCAUUUAAUCACCAAAAUGUUUGUGUGGAAAAUAAUCUUGAAGAACUGAGGGCUGAGAAUAAAAAUGGUGAUUUCAAUUUCAGCCAAAACUUUUGUAGUAUUAAGAACAGUGUUGAUAAUAGAAUUUCUGAAAUUGAGUGUUUAUUAAUCAAAGAUGAGGAUAUUGACCAAGAGGAAGCUUGUGCGAAAUAUGAGUUGGAUAUCCAGAAAGAAAUUGAAAAAUGUGACAGAGAGAAUGACAAAGCCAACAGUGUUCAAACCAUUCUGCAAAAUAACACAACUGCCUACAAGUGUCAAAUGUGUGAUGCUGUUUUCUUUCAGUUUUCUGAAUAUAAAGUUCACAAAAAAAAUCAUUACAUGGAAAAACGAAGAUGUAAUAUUUGCAAUAUCACCCUACAAAGUAUUGGAAAAUUAAAAGAUCAUUUAAACAAACACCUGAACAUGAAACCAUUCAGUUGCGAAGAAUGUGGCAAAUCAUUUAUAUCCAAGCAUCAUGUGAAGUUACAUCAGAGAUGUCACAACACUGAAAAAACAUUCCAGUGCACCAAAUGUGAAAAAGCGUUCAGAAACAGUGGGUCAUUGAGAAGUCACCAGUUAGUUCACGUGGAGAGAGUACAAGAAUUCAUAUGUAAAGUAAGAAUAUUUUGAUUAUUUUCAUAAUUU